AUCGUAUCGGUUUCCUCCUUGCGACCUAGUUCCGCGUGGUUGCUCCUGCACGGACCCUAUUCGGCGUCGCCUGUCUUCGCCUGUUGUCGCACGCGGCGUCGUUCGCUCGCUCAUUUGUUCGUUCGUUCGCGAGGCGCGUCGCAACGUAUCGCCCUUCCUGCGACUGCAACAGGAAAAGCAAUAGCAGCAGCGACAGCGACAGCGGCAGCGCCAUCAAAGUCACCAACUUUCGUAUUCCCGGAGGCAGCUAAAAUAGAUCAACCCCAUCCGCGGAACCCUGUUCUUUCUGGGGUGAGACAGGGGUGAGAGAGACAAACUUCCCGGGGUGCAGCAGAAAUACGAGCUCUCUUGUUCUCCACACCUGACAGCACCGCUCCACAUCUCGCAGGACCUUCAACAGAUCAUACGGCCGCCAGCGUCGCUUCUUGGCUCCGAGUGCGCGCCAGACGUUCUGCUUUCUUCGUGGGAUAGCGCGUGCGGAAGGCAGGUUGGGGGAGAGGGGCGGAAGGGGUUUUUUCUCCCCAGUAGUGCCGGACGGUUAGGCUAGCGCACACGCGUGAAGGGUGCGAUGGAGGAGGAGAGUGGGGGAGGACGAGCGGUAGAGGCCACUGCUGCUAGCAGCGCUGGGGACGAUAGGGACGGUAGGGACGGUAGGGACGGUAGGGGCGAUAGGGACGCCAGGAACGACAGGGACGCCGAGAGGAGCCAAAACUCAAAGUUGAAAGAGGAAAAGGGGAAGGGUAAAGGAGAAGAGGAGAAGAAAGAGCAAGGGGAUAAGGGGGAGGAAGGGGAGGAGAAGAAAGAAGAGAAGGAAGAAAAAGAAGGCAAGGAAGGGAAGGAAGAGGAGGACGAGGUGGAAGAGGUGAAAGAGGAGGAAGAACAGGCAGACGAAGAUGACGAUGAGGAGGAGGAGGAUGAGGAGUGGCAUGAGGAGGAGGCAAGAGAGAAGGGCAGAAGGCAGAAGCGGCACGGAAAAGGGCAAGCCAGCAGAGGCGGAGGCGAGGCUGGUCGUGCAGACAACGCUGGGCGUGUGACUCGUGCUCGAGGUCCCUCAAGUCCGCUGGGCACGGCGCAGCCGUCCCCCUUCCCCUCUCCCUCCACGCCAGGCAAAGUCAUUCGGGGCAUGAAUCGCAUGUGCCACCAGUGCCAGCGGAAUGACAAGGAGGAAGGAGUGGUGUACUGCCAGCGCGUGCCCACCCACCGAUUCUGCCUUCCAUGCAUCCGCCAAUGGUACCCCAUGUACACAGUAGACGAGAUAGUGGCCUUCUGCCCCAAGUGCCGUGGCAACUGCAACUGCAAGACGUGUCUGCGCACUCGCGUCCCUGUGCCCUAUUAUGUGACGCCUCUGCUGGCUGACCUGGUGCGGCAGCAGCAGGAGGAGACGCGCAUAGAGGCAGCUGCACAGGGCAAGGAGGAGCACAAAGUGGACAUCAAGCGAGUGAAGAUAUCAGUUGACGAACGGAUCUUCUGCUCACACUGCCAGACCUCGAUCGUUGAUUAUUUCCGAAGCUGCCCAGACAAGGAGUGUGGUUUUGACCUUUGCCUCUCCUGUUGCAAAGAUUUGCGAGCCGGGCAGCUGCCCCCAGGAGAGGUAUUUUCUGCGGAGAAGGAUGAGAAGGAAAAAGGAAGAGGACAAGGAAAUUAUGAUUUGGAGAAGGGAGAGAUGGAAGGGGGCGAAGUGAAGGGAGGAGUGGAAGAGAAAAAAGAAGAAGGGGAGAAAGGAGGGCAGGAAGGUUGCAGGGAGGGAGGGAUACUGGAGGUGAAGCCAUAUACAGAGUCAUGCAAGCAAGCAGCAAGCAGUGCAGGGAAGGGGUGUGGGGUGUGCGAGGAUAGUGCCACUCGUAUGCACAGACUCUCGCAGGCUCUUGCUGCUGUGUGGGGCGAUUUGCAGCGGAAGAGGAGGGAGAGCGAGGAUGGGAACGGUAUGGAGGAUACAGGGAAGGGCAAGGGGAAGGAGGAGGAGCGGGAGGAGCGGGAGGAGCGGGAGGAGCAGGAGGAGCGGGAGGAGCAGAGGAAGGGAGAAGGGGAGGUUGAGAUGGUGGAGGAAGGGGCUAAGGAAGAGAAGGGUUGCAGUGACAGCAAGCUAUCUACUGCUCCUCAUGCUGCUGCCCCUUUGGCUGCUGGUGCUCUUGCUGCUGCUGCUGCUGCUGCUGCUGCUGCUGAUGAUGAUCCUGACACUGCUCCGUCUGCUGCUGCUGCCUCUGAUCCCGCUGUUGUCGCCCCUGCUGCUGCUCCUACUGCUCCUGCUUCUGAAUCGCCUCCUGAGAGCUCCUCCGACAUUCUCUCCCACUGGCAGGGCCUGUCCUUCCCCCAAGCGCUCUCACUCUUUAAGCGCUACAAGGCUGCCCUUAACCGCCACUGCCACGCCAACAGCCUGCUUUGGGCCUCCUGCCGCCCGGGCAGCUCCGACAAUUUCCUUUUCUGCCCGACCCUGCCCUGGCCGAGGAGGGAAGCAGAGGAGGGAGGGGAAGCAAGAGAUGGGAAAGAGGAGCAAGACCAGGAGAGAAAAGGGAAGGCGGAUGAGGGAAAGGAGACGGCAGAGGAGAGAAAGGAGAAGGCAGGGGAGGGACGGGCGGAAACUGCGGAGGGAGGGGAGGAGCGAGACGAUUCGAGCAUGGUGGCGCACUUCCAGAGGCACUGGGAGAGGGGGGAGCCAGUGGUGGUGCGGCGGGUGCUGGACCUGCAGCACGGGCUGAGCUGGGAGCCGCUGGUGAUGUGGCGUGCGUUCCGGGAGACGACCCAGGGCGCGCAGAUGAGCGAGAAGACCACGGUUGUUGCCAUUGACUGCCUCGACUGGCUCGAGGUGGAGAUCAACACGCGGCAGUUCUUUGAAGGCUACUGGUCAGGGCGCAUGCACGCGUCGUCCUGGCCCGAGCUCCUGAAGCUCAAGGACUGGCCGCCCUCCUCGCACUUCCACCUGCGCCUGCCCCGCCACGGCUCCGAGUUCGUCAACGCCCUGCCCUUCCACGCCUACCUGCACCCCGAGGAGGGGGACGUGAACGUGGCCGCGGUGCGGGCCGCGCCCGAGGGGAGUUUGCGGCCGGAUCUGGGGCCCAAGACGUAUAUUGCGUAUGGGGUGCGGGGCGAGCUGGGGGCGGGGGACUCGGUGACGAAGCUGCAUUGCGACAUGUCGGACGCGGUGAACGUGAUGACGCACUGCCAGGAGGUGCCCCUGAAGCCAUUCCAGGAGAAGCUGGUGCGGCGACUGCGACAAGAGGUGGAGCGGGAGAGGCGAGCGGCAGAGGAGAAGGUGAAGGGAGGUGACAAAGGCCAGGGGGGUAGUGAGGGGAGAGACGAGGAGAGGAAGGGGAGGGAGAGGGGCGAGGUGGAGGAGAGGGCAGGGGAGUUGGCUCUGGGUGACGCCUUGUGCCUUCUGGACGCCUUCUUGCCCCAGGUCACAGGUGCUCUGGUUGCGCUGCCAUCGGAAGCUAAGGUGGUGGCAGGAAGUGAAGAUGCUGGUGCUGGUGCUGCUAUGGAUGUUGAAGGGAAGGGGUCGCAUAAGGAGAGCGAAGAGAAAGGGGAAAGGGAAGAGGAAGGGAAAGAGGAGGACAUGGAUGUGGGGGCGGAGGAGGAGGUUGAGGAGGAGAGGGAAGGAGCUUGGUUCAAUGAGCGGGGAGGGGCCCUGUGGGACAUAUUCCGGAGGGAGGAUGUAGGCAAGCUGAGGCAGUACAUUCGAGAGCACUGCCACGAGUUCACUCACCUGCAGAACAAGCCCCUCUCCUCCCUAGACCAUGAGGUGCAUGACCAGACGGUUUAUCUCUCCAACCGCCACAAGAGGCAGCUCCAACAACAAUAUGGAGUGCACGCUUGGACGUUUCAGCAGCAGAGGGGAGACGCAGUGCUCGUGCCUGCUGGCUGUCCCCAUCAAGUCAGAAACCUCCAGUCGUGCAUGAAGGUGGCGGUGGACUUUGUGUCACCGGAGAGCGUGGAGCAGUGUGUUGCGCUCACAGAGGAGUUCCGCCUGCUGCCCUCCGACCACCGCGCCAAGGAGGACAAGCUGGGGGUGCGCAACAUGGUGAUCAACGCGGCGCAGAGGGCUCUCACCUCCCUGCAGGCAGACUCCUCCCAGCUUACUGCAGCCGCGCACAGCACGAGGAAGAGGAAGAAGCCGUGAAGCGUACACUCACCCAGGCAGUUCAGCUACAUGUGUGGUGUUGCUUUUGAGUCGACUCAAACGCAGACGUGUUUCUGUGUGGCGCUGCUGUAAGGUGUUGCCAGAAAGCGAGCAGGUGCCUUGGGAGGAGCACUCGGAGUGUCCAUACCGCACUUGGGAAUAGUAGACUGCAGGUUGCGAUGCGGCAGCCAUUUUUAUUUGCUACGAAACUGGCUUCCCCUGGUAGUAUGGUAGCAGGUUGCAGCAUUCAAACAAUGGUGUACCUGGUUUGUUUCUGAGUUAGGUUUUCUUACUCAUGUGGACUUGAUUGUGUUGCUGGUUUGAUUAAGC